AAAUAAAACAACUAAAGUAUAACGAAUGACGUCACGAAAAUGGAAAUGUGUCUCCCAAAAAUGUGGAAAAUCAAAUCUUUCACGGUGUUGGGCAUAUUGACAAUAUGUGAUAUAGCCAGGACAGCCACAGUUAUCCAUAGAACAAAAAUAUUGACUUCAGUCAUAACGGGCUGUGAUAGCAGGUACUGUCCUCCAGAAGAGAAUGUAAAGGACGUCAUCAAACACUGUGAAUAUAAUAUAACAGUUGGGUACAGCUACAAGUGCUUUGAGAGAAGCUCUAACAGCAGGGUGCAAUUUGCAACACCAGAUUUAAUUUGUGAACCAGGUUACUAUGGAGACCCAAAAGUUGAUUGGAAUAACCCAGGUGAAGUGGUGGUGGAGAAAAAGCAGUGUCCAGUGGGAUACUAUCAGCCAACACGUUCUAAUUGUUACGAUGGCUGCCAGUUGAAGCACUCCUUACUUGUACUAUUGGAUAACUAUAAACAGUUUAAAGUUUACUCAAAGGGAGACAGUGUUUCUCCAACUAAACUUUAUUGUAACUUUUUGCUAGGCUAUUAUAGUAAGAAUGGGAAAAACUUCUUAAAUUAUGACAAAGAUUUCCAGUGGGUUUAUAAAAGCUUCUGUGCAAAUGUCGAUGAUUCUAACCCAUGUACUGAAGGAAAAGUGCCAUUACACAAUAGCAGUUGUGUUGUGCCAUGCUAUCCUGGGUAUGAGAGAGACGUAUAUGACAGCUUUCUGUGCAAGAAAAAGACCGGUACAGUUGAUAAGCCUACACUAGAGAAUGGUUCAGUCAAGGAGAACGCAGCAUCAGAAGGCGGGUCAAGUAACAACAUGGUGAUUCUAAUUGGAGUGUUUAGUGGUGCUGGGGCAGUUGCAUUAGUUUUUGUAGUUGUUGUAGUCCUGUGUCGUCGAAAACAUAGUAGACAUAACUACCAGCAAGCAGACGCUAGUGAUCCCCCAAGUUCAGCUUCUAUAGAAGUUUCAGAUUCUGCAGGAUACCCAUUCAAAAAGACAGUUGAUGAUAUGCUUAGUCAGAAUAUGCUACAUAGCAUAGAAAUUCAGAUGAGAUCUGUUGGUGCUUUAAUCCAGAAUAGUGACCCAGUGGGGACUGUUUUCCGUGUUGGAAAGGACUGUGUCAUGACAGCCUGGCAUACUGUCCUCCCAAUAUUAGAUCCAUUCGAGACUGGUAACUUGGAUGAAUCCUUUCUCCAGGAUAUUGCAGUUUUCAUCAAUUUCAGUGAAUCUCUGAUUUGUAGACCCAUAAAAGACUAUAAAGUUGGUGGAAUAGUAUGGAAGAAUGUUGAUUUAGAUGUUGUAAUUCUAAGAAUCUCUAAUUCAGAUGAUAACUUACCUCUUCCUUUGAUACUUUGGAAAGGCUCAAUGUCUGGUUUAGGAUUAUCUGAAGUUAGCUUUGCUGGAUAUGGCAAUCCUAAGCAUCCAAAUAAGAAACACUUAGAUCCAAGGUGUAAGCUAUUAGAUUCAUUUUCUGAUAGAAUUAAAUCAGCUCAAGCAUGGUUGCUCAGAAAUGCAGGAAAAAUGAAACGAGCACUUAUAAGGUACAACAAAGAUCCUAUGUCAGUAGAUUUAGGAUAUCGUGGAUAUGACAGGAAGGAGUUUUUUCUGGUUGAUUGUUAUGUGGAAGAAGGGUCAUCUGGGUCACCUGGGUUCACAAAUGACAAUGCUAAUUCGAUUAAGGUAGUUGGAAUGCUAACGAAUGGUUUCCCUAAAUGUUAUCAUGAUUUGCAAGAGCACAAAUCUGAAUUAGAAUUUCCAGAUAAAUAUAAAUUUGAAAUGGGUGUUAGGAUGGAGCAUGUAUUUGCUUGCAUGAAUGAAGAUAAUCCAGAUCUUGCCAAAGUAUUAUUUAUUUGAUAAUAGUUUUAAGUGCUUGAUCUACAUGGCCAUUUGCUCUAACGGGCAGUUCAUUUACAGUGUUCUGCAGAGGCUCAGUUUUGUGUCAUGUCACUUAACAAAUGAUAGUGACACAUAAAAGUCAGUUUAAAUGUGAUUUUGAGUCAAAUGAUAAUGAGGAAAAUCAGGAGAUUUAAAUUGGGGAUAAAUGCAAGCAAUACUGAUUAUCAGUUAAACCAGACCCCCCAGAAAAAAAGAGAGGUGGGUUGACCCAGGGUUGAAUAAUUAUUGCAGUAAAUGUGAAUCGAUGCAUCCACAGUCCAACCUUGGUUUUCUUGCAUCAGCCAUUGUAAUACUAGUAUCAUAUUCAGAAUCUAAAAUGUUAAUUUUUGGAAGAUUUUUGAUAUACAUCAAAGUAAUUUAGUAUCAUAUAAAGCAAAUUUGAACACAUAUUUGGAUGAAAUAAUUUUAUAAGAAUUUGUGUUGCAAUGCAGGGAUGUUAACCACCUUUAAAAUAUAGUGCCUUUGUAUCAAUGUAAAUUUGAGGAGUUAUUUUCCUACAAUUAUUUAGGUUCUCAUGUUAUAUCAUAUUACUGUAUACAUUAGAACAUGAUAUAUCACAAAAAUCUUGUUGUUAGAAAAUGCGGUUCAGGUAAACUGGCUGGUCCAGUGUUUUAGCCAACAGAGGUUGUUCCUCCAACAUCAGUAGCUGGAAAAGUUGCCACAUGACUUGUGUCAGUGUGAUGCUAAACCCACCAAACAUAAACUUAAUUUAGCCAACAGGACAAUUUGUUUGCACAAAAAAGUAAAUCUUUUAAAAGAUAUUGUGCUGGAAGGCAUAAAAAAGAAUAGCAACAGACUGAAAAAGAAAGAUUUAUAUAAUUAAUAGAUUAUUGAAAGACAGACAAAAGAACAACAUGAAAGUUUGCAGUAAAUACAUCUAUUUGCCAAAAUCAAAAGUUCACAGAAUGAUUUUCUCUAAUGAUUUGCAUUCAUUUUUCAGAUUUUUGUAAACUUUUUGCAAGUUUUCUAUAUAAUAUCUAGCAUUUAUAAAAAUUGCAGAUAUUGUAUGAAGAAAUGUAAUAAAAUUUCCUAUCUUUAUAUACAGCUGUAAUAACAUUUAAUAGAAAAUAUAUUUUUGUAUAUCCAUAAAGAACAAACAACGUUCUGACUUUCCAUUGAUGUCAAUGGUAACUGAAUGAGAAAAAAUGAUAUAACUACUUUAAUACAAAGAGAUAUAAUUCCUAAGUUGCUGUUACUUUGUAGAAUAGUAUUUUAGCUAUUAAGCUACUUACAGACCAUUUGGGGGCCAUAUUACCUGAACCACUCUUCUUAUGGCUUGUUAACGUUUUGCAAUUACUAGUAUGUAUGUUAUGUUUUUCAGUAGUUUAUUGAAAUAUAAUAUAGGAUUACAUAGCUUGCAAUAUCUACAGACAUACAUUCUUCAUUCUCCUGUCUGUAUAACAGAGAAUUAGACAAUUCAUUUUCUUCCUGCUGAAAUAAUUGCUUGCCAAAUUCUCUGUUUUGAAGUAUUUUCCUUUAAAAAAAGAAUUGUUAUAAUAAUUCAUUUUUAUCUAUCUUUGUUUUGUUUUUGUUCCAUGUUAUAUGUUAAUCACAUUUGUGCCAAAUAUCAAAUUGCAUAAUAUCAUGUAAUUGCUUCAUAGUUGAUGGUUUUAGUGCUGAAAUUAAAGUAUAGUAUUAAAAGUUGCAUACAGUAAAACACCGGCUACUAGACAUUUAUAAAAAUGAAAUCAAAUUAUAUCCAGAUGCAUACAUAUUUUAUUAAUUAUAACUUUCUGUGUCAGUAUCAUGGGGUAUGAUUUUAUAGUAAUGAAAUAAGUUACUAAAAUUUCACCAUAAAAUUUACUAGAAAGGUAAUUUACAUCUGAGCAAAAUUUGGCGAUUACAGAAGGUCAGUCACAUGUUCCUUAUAUGGGGACUAAAGGGACUUUGCAUAUCCCUGAAGUUGUCAAAAGUGUUUGAUAUGAGCAAAUAAUCCUUGGUAAAAUUACAUAGGAAAUAUAUGGGAUAAGGUUGGGACCAAAUGAACUGCUCCAGGAAUCUGUUAUCGAGUUACUACUACAUAAAUUAUUUGAGUUACAGAUGUGUGUUUUGAUGUAAUGCCAGUACAGUAGUUACAUAAUGUAAUUAACCUUUACCCUGCUAAAUUUCUAAAAUGGGAAGGUCCAUCAUUUAAUUUGGGCAGUACCAUUUAUUAAUCGAGGUGUGUUCACUGAAACUUUACUGCCUGAAUAGCGAACAAUGCAGACCAUGAUCAGACUGCAUUAAUGUGCAGGCAUUGAUGUGCAGGCUGAUCUUAGUCUGCACUGGUUGCAAAGGCAAAAUCACUUGCCGGCAGGCUAAAGGUUAAGGUAUGAAAUGGGUAUGAUACUGUGAUAUGUAUAUAUGUGUAAGAUGUGUGAAACACAUCAUAUUUCUUCUUUCAUUUACUUGUUUAUGAGGUUUAUAUUCAAUAAUUUAUUGAAAGAGUGGCAUUCUUACAUGUUUUAUAUAAAUAUAUGUAGUGAUAAUAGUGUUGUGUGUUGAAAUGCUGAUAAAUGUUAUUUCAUUGUUCUUUUUGUACGAUUACUCAGAAAAUUCCGACCAACUUUGUUGAAUGUUGAUGGUUUUAAAAAUGAUUUCUGAAAAUUUGAGCUUUAGGAAAAUUAUAUACCAUGUUGUUAUAAUUUGUCAGCAGCUUUAAUAACAUCCAGGAUUAAUAGUGCUCUUGUUAAAUGUUUGUGACUAUUCUUGGAGGGAUGUGAGAUAAAUUUAUAAUGUUGGUCAGUUUAUUUUAAAAGGUGUUCCUAGAUAUUGAACUAACUUAUUCUUGAUAAAAAGAAACACUGAGAUUUCACUUAAAUCUCUGGUUGAGGACUAAUGAAUACAAGGUAUAUUGAUGGGAGAGGAUUCACCUUGCAUGGAUCAAGUUCAUGCUUGACUUCUGUAUCAGUAGCCAUUUGAUUUCUCAGCGUUAACUUUGUCGCUUUUGUAAAUAUACUACGCAUCAUGUUUUGUUGUUGUUGUUUUUUCAGUAUUACAGAAUGAUCUGAGUCUGUGAUUGAUCUUAAGUGAUGGUACAUUGUUGUUCUGUGUUAUAUUUCUUAUCUUCAGUGCAGUCCACGAAAAGUUGAUUGAUAAGUACAAUGAUCUGAAAUAGAGAUGUUUUACAUUAAUUUUCAUUGUAAACAUUACAUUGUUAUUUUUGGUUCUGGUCAUUUCUGAGAUUAGCUUCUAGUUUAAAGUAUUUUUAGUUUAACUAGUCUAAACAUCCAGUCAGCAACCAGAGGUUUUCAAAUUUUUGUCUCACUUAUUUGUAAAGAUAUGCCAGCUUACAGAGUACCUACUAAGUAAACACAGCUUAAUUUAGGUCACUUAGCUUGUAAAUAUGAGAGUUGCUACAGUAAUGGUUACAUACUUGGCGUUCAGCGUUAAGAGGAUAGUACUAGGACUGGUCAGCCUUGUGUCAGUAUAAUGUGACUUGGUGGGAUAUCAUGUCAUGUGUCUACCGCGUGAUAUUCCAGUGAGGCAGCACAAUAAAGUUGAGCAUUGUGCUCACUGCUGAAGUAGACACCGUCUUUUAAGUAACUAAAAAAAUGUUGAAAGAGAAGUUAAACCCGAAUACACUCACAAUAAAUAUGACAGUUACAGAUCACUUAUUGACAUUCUAAUGAAGUAAGUAAUUGCUUUCACUUGGCUGCUCUCGAUUACUGCAACACUUAAUUUUAUUAGAAAGUGUAUAAAUGACCUAUACAUUCAAAUAGAAGAAUCGGAUCUAUUUGAAUUUUUAAACAUGCAUCCUCAAACCAGUAGUCAUGGUAGUGUAAGGUUUUCAUCUUUGAUGUGAUAUUCAAAUGAUACUUUGUAUGUGUUGUUUACUUGUUUCAGUUGUUACACUGCUUUUGAACAAAAACAUGAGCAAAUGGGUACAACAUAGUUGAUUUAAGGAAAAACUAUAAAAUUAAUGUUUAAAUGAUUAGAUAGUAUUUUAUUUUUACAUGUAAUUUGAAUGAUUGUAUUUUGAGUAAUAAAUGUGUUAACUUCCUAAA